CGCUCGCUAUGGGUUGGUUCGAGUGGCUCACCGCGCUGCUGAUCGUCGUUUCGUUGCUCUAUCACUGGAGCACUGGGACAUACAGAUAUUUCAAAAAGAAGGGAGUUGCAUUCGUAGAACCAUACCCAUUGUUGGGUAGUCUUUGGCCAGUAUUUUUCCGUCGGAUUCACCCAACGGACGUGAUCACCCGGGGCUAUCGCCGUUUUCCCGAUCGUAAGUUCUCAGGAUACUUUGAAUUUCGUAAACCAACGGUUUUGCUCCACGAUCCGGAACUCGUAAAACAGAUCACAAUUAAAGAUUUUGAUAAUUUUCCGGACCAUGCCAAUGUGUGCCCGAUCGAGAUCGAUCCUCUUUUGGGGCGAGCUCUGUUCUUUUCCGGUGACCAGCUUUGGAGAGAAGCUCGAUCGGGACAGAGUCCAGCAUUUACGGGCAGUAAAAUGCGCAAUAUGUUCGGGCUGAUCGACACUUACAUGGAGAACGCAACGAAGCGUUUGUUGGUUGAUGCUGGUGGAGGAAAAUCCGAACGAGAAGCAAAAGAUCUUAUCUCCAAGCUUGGUAAUGAUGUCAUGGCAUCGGUUUCGUUCGGUGUUGACAUCGAUUCCAUCCACGAUCCCGGGAAUGAUUACUACCAACAAGGAUUACGUUUGGCUGCAACUAGUGGAUUUCAAGGCCUCAAGUUCUUCCUGUUGACAGUUUUGCCUGCCAACUUGUUUCGGUUAUUUGGAAUAAGAUUCAUGCCAAAGAGUUGCACCGACUUCUACGUAAAUGUUAUCAACAAAACUAUAGAUCAUCGAGAGAAGAAUAAUAUCAAACGUCCAGAUUUUAUCCAUCUAUUCAUGCAAGCUCGUAAGAACCUAUUAGUGACUGAUCAAGCUGAUGACCAGCUGAACAGCGUAGGAUUUUCAACGGUUCAGGAACACCUCACCGGAUCAAUCGAAAACAGUCGAUUCACUGAUUUGGACAUCGCAGCAAUGGCUGGAGCGUUCAUUUUCGCCGGAAUCGAAACCACAACCUCCACCUUAUGCUUUGCCCUUUAUGAGCUGGCAUUAAACCUUGAAAUUCAGGAAAAACUUUUGUGCGAAAUUGAUACCACCCACAAAAACCUGGGAAAAAGUAAACUAACCUACGAAGUACUCCAGACCAUGCCAUUCCUCGAUGCCGUGGUUUCGGAAACCCUCCGAAAAUGGCCACCAAUCGGAGUAACCAAUCGUGUUUGCAAUCGACCUUACACUUUAAAAGAUCUGGAUGGUUCCAAGUUCACCAUCGCUAAGGGUCAAGUAGUACAGAUACCCAUCGUUUCGUUUCAUCGAGAUCCAAAAUAUUUCUCGGAACCCAACAACUUUCUACCAACUAGAUUUUCUCCGGAAAAUCGCCACUUGAUCAACCAAUCGACGUAUUUGCCCUUCGGAGUGGGACCCCGGAACUGUAUCGGGUCCCGGUUGGCUUUGGCGCAGGUCAAGUGCGUGCUGUAUCAUCUGAUGGUAAAUUUCGUGGUAGAGUUUUCCCCCAAAAUGAUGGUUCCGGUUGAGUUGGAUCCAAGCUCCACCGCGAUGACCGCGCGUGGUGGAUUUUGGUUUAAUUUUGUUCCACGAUGAUGAGUUUCAUGCACGUUUUGCGAUCGGUUACU